CGUUUCUUGGUAUUCAUGAGCGUUUGAGUAUCCACGAGCAUUGGUGUUUGAUCGAACCACAUCUAUUCGUCAUUAGUUCUUCAAUCUUCAAUUGCGCUAUACGUGUUUUUACGAAGUCUUUGCUUUAUUUUGCGAACUCGAUUCAUUUUUUGGAAAUAAAUCAACUCAUUCAAUUACAAUAAAAUGGCUAAAGCUCCAGCUGUUGGUAUUGAUUUGGGUACCACGUACUCAUGCGUCGGUGUAUUCCAACACGGAAAGGUUGAAAUCAUCGCCAACGAUCAAGGUAACCGUACCACACCAUCGUACGUUGCCUUCACCGAUACCGAACGUCUCAUCGGUGAUGCUGCCAAAAACCAGGUCGCCAUGAACCCAAACAACACAGUUUUCGACGCCAAGCGUUUGAUUGGCCGUAAAUUCGACGAUCCAGUCAUCCAAGCCGAUAUGAAACAUUGGCCAUUCGAAGUUAAGAAUGUUGACACCAAACCAAAAAUUGAAGUCCAAUACAAGGGCGAAAAAAAACAAUUUUUCCCAGAAGAAAUCUCAUCCAUGGUUUUGACCAAGAUGAAGGAAACCGCCGAAGCUUACUUGGGCAAAACUGUCACUGACGCCGUCGUCACAGUGCCAGCUUACUUCAACGAUUCGCAACGUCAAGCAACCAAAGAUGCCGGAACCAUUUCUGGUUUGAAUGUGCUCCGUAUCAUCAACGAGCCAACUGCCGCCGCCAUUGCCUACGGGUUGGACAAGAAGGCCGUCGGAGAACGCAAUGUUUUGAUCUUCGAUUUGGGUGGUGGUACCUUCGAUGUCAGUAUUCUGUCGAUCGAUGAUGGUAUCUUUGAGGUGAAAUCAACUGCCGGUGACACUCACUUGGGAGGUGAAGAUUUCGAUAACCGUUUGGUCAACCACUUCGUGCAGGAGUUCAAGCGCAAGCACAAGAAGGAUUUGGAAUCCAACAAGCGUGCAUUGCGUCGUUUGCGUACCGCCUGCGAACGUGCAAAGAGAACUUUGUCAUCAUCGACUCAAGCCAGCAUUGAGAUCGAUUCAUUGUUCGAAGGUGUUGACUUCUACACAUCGAUCACUCGAGCUCGUUUCGAAGAAUUGAACGCCGACUUGUUCCGUGCCACAAUGGACCCAGUCGAGAAGGCUAUUCGUGAUGCCAAAUUGGACAAGAGCAGCAUUCACGACAUCGUCUUGGUCGGUGGAUCAACCCGUAUCCCAAAGGUUCAAAAGUUGUUGCAAGACUUCUUCAACGGCAAAGAACUCAACAAAUCAAUCAACCCCGAUGAAGCCGUUGCCUAUGGUGCUGCUGUCCAAGCCGCCAUCUUGCACGGUGACAAAUCGGAAGCCGUUCAAGACUUGCUCUUGUUGGACGUUACUCCAUUGUCGUUGGGUAUCGAAACCGCUGGUGGUGUGAUGAGCGUGUUGAUCAAACGUAACACAACCAUCCCAACCAAACAAACCCAAACAUUCACCACCUACUCGGACAACCAACCAGGAGUGUUGAUCCAAGUUUUCGAAGGUGAGCGGGCAAUGACCAAGGAUAACAACUUGUUGGGCAAAUUCGAAUUAUCCGGUAUCCCACCAGCACCACGUGGCGUUCCACAAAUCGAAGUCACCUUCGAUAUUGAUGCCAACGGUAUCUUGAACGUUACCGCUUUGGAAAAGUCGACCAACAAAGAAAACAAGAUCACCAUCACCAACGACAAGGGACGUUUGAGCAAAGAAGAUAUCGAACGCAUGGUUAACGAAGCCGAAAAGUACCGUACAGAAGAUGAGAAGCAAAAGGAAACCAUCGCUGCCAAGAACGGUUUGGAAUCAUACUGCUUCAACAUGAAAUCAACCAUGGAUGAAGAGAACAUCAAAUCGAAAAUUUCCGAAUCCGAUCGCAACACCAUCCUUGCAAAAUGCAACGAAACCAUCAAGUGGUUGGAUGCCAAUCAAUUGGGCGAAAAAGAAGAAUACGAACACCGUCAAAAGGAGCUUGAAGGAGUCUGCAAUCCAAUCAUCACCAAGUUGUAUGGUGCAGCCGGUGGUGCUCCAGGCGCUGGCGGUAUGCCAGGCGGUUUCCCGGGCGCUCCAGGUGGUGGCGGUGAAAACCCAGGUGCCGGAUCAGGCCCAACAAUUGAAGAAGUCGAUUAAAUUGGCUCGCUGACUUUCCUCUGCGGAUAAUCAAACAGCUUCACAUAACUCCAUUUUAGCUAAUGCUUGAUACUUAUCAUCAUUGACCAUUUUUGGCUAAGUUAAACGAUUAUAACUCUAUUACUCAUAUUAUUUUUUUUCGAUUCUCAAUUUCCUAUCAAGGCUAUCAAAUUUGAUAACGAAACACAUAGACUAUAACUAUGAUAUACUUUUAUUGUUAUGCAAUAUCUAAACAAAAAAAUAUAAACUGAAUGUUCUGUUCAACAAGAAACAGUUUUAAAACUAUUGGUGAUUUGCGGCGGAAUAAGCCCACAUAUAUAUGAAAAAAAUAAAACCAAAAUGUUAAUUUAACGUAGUUCAA